AUAAUAAUCACCUGCUUUCCUCCUCUUGCUAUAAAACCUCUUCCAAGUCUUCCUCAUCUCUUUGAGUUCAAGUCGUUGCGUUUAGGUCGUGUUGCUUCCCCCAAGUCUUCGUCGUUGUUGUCCUCCUCGUUAAGAGAGAGAGAGAGAGGGAGAGAGAGGGGUCGUUUUAAUUAAAUCGAAAUCGAAGAUGUUCGGAGGAGGAGGUAGGGCGCCCAAGAAGAGCGAUAACUCCAAGUACUAUGAGAUUCUGGCUGUCUCCAAGACUGCCUCGCCUGAAGAUUUGAAGAAGGCUUACAAGAAAGCCGCCAUCAAGAACCAUCCUGAUAAGGGCGGAGAUCCUGAAAAAUUUAAAGAGUUGGCUCAGGCUUAUGAGGUUCUUAGUGACCCGGAAAAGCGGGAAAUUUAUGAUCAGUACGGUGAGGAUGGACUCAAGGAAGGAAUGGGAGGACCGGGUGGCCAUGACCCAUUUGACAUCUUCUCCUCUUUCUUUGGUGGUGGUGGCGGCCCAUUUGGAGGCAUGCCAGGUGGUAGUAGAGGACGGAGACAGAGACGUGGAGAAGAUGUGGUUCACUCGUUGAAGGUCUCUUUGGAAGACUUAUAUCUUGGAACCUCGAAGAAACUUUCCCUAUCUCGCAAUGUGUUGUGCUCCAAGUGCAAAGGCAAGGGGUCAAAAUCUGGAGCCUCGACCAAGUGUGGUGGUUGCCAAGGAACUGGUAUGAAGGUGACUAUUAGGCAUCUUGGACCGUCUAUGAUUCAACAGAUGCAGCAUGCUUGCAAUGAAUGUAAGGGUACUGGAGAGACCAUCAGUGACAAGGACCGCUGUGGACAGUGCAAGGGAGAGAAGGUUGUUCAAGAAAAGAAAGUUUUGGAAGUCCAUGUGGAGAAGGGUAUGCAGAAUGGACAGAAGAUCACAUUUCCUGGUGAAGCUGAUGAAGCUCCUGACACAGUCACUGGUGAUAUAGUUUUCAUCAUUCAGCAAAAGGAACAUCCCAAAUUCAAGAGAAAGAUGGAUGAUCUUUUUGUGGAGCACUCUUUGUCACUCACAGAUGCUCUAUGUGGUUUCCAGUUUGUGCUGAACCAUUUGGAUGGCAGGCAGCUACUCAUCAAAUCAAACCCUGGCGAAGUUGUGAAGCCUGAUUCGUUUAAGGCCAUCAACGAUGAGGGUAUGCCAAUGUACCAGAGACCAUUCAUGAAGGGCAAGCUGUACAUCCAUUUCUCAGUGGACUUCCCUGAAACUCUGAGCCUCGAGCAGGUCAAGGCUUUGGAAGCUGCUCUUCCCUCAAGGCCAUCAUCUCAGGAGCUGACAGAUAUGGAGUUGGAUGAGUGUGAGGAGACGACUCUGCAUGAUGUGAACAUGGAGGAGGAGAUGAGGAGGAAACAGCACCAGGCUCGUUCGGAGGCAUAUGAUGAGGAGGAUGACGACAUGCCUGGUGGUGCGCAGAGGGUGCAAUGUGCACAGCAGUGAUUGUAUUCUUAACAACUCAAAAAGGAUGUAUUGACUGUGAUGUGAUGAGUGGCGGUCUAGCUGGGACCCUAGAAUUUUGGCAAGACUAUAAGAUUAUUUUGUAACCUUUUCUAUUCUAUUCUUGAACUCUUUAUAAAUGACCAUCAUUCUGUGGUGAAUUUGAAUGGUCUGUUCCCAGCUAUUAUUUUAAGUGCUUUCCGAUUCUGUUA